AUGCCUGCCGCACCCAUACCUAUCCGGACUGACCUGGUCUUCCGACCAGCGCCUUCAGCAGAACACACCAAUGGUUCUCCCAAGACAGCCGUAACGCAGUCAAGACAUAAACACACGCGAUCAUCGUACUCGGACUCGUCCCCUCUCAUGUCCAUGUCGAGGAAUAAUUCUCUGAGUUUCCGGCCUCUGAAGCGCUCAAUGCCCUCGCCAGAUAAGACUAUUGCCGUUAUCAAUGCCAGCGGCCGCCAAGCAGCUUCAUUAAUCCGGAUAGCCACUGCCGUUGGCUACAAGGUCCGCGCCCAGCUACGGAAUUUGGAGGGCGUGAUAGCGACCGAGGUUUCCACCAACCCCAAUGUUACGGUUUUCGUGGGUGAGCUGUACCUACGGAAAAAGCCGAAUGACGACCGAGACGUUACAGCAGGCGGCCAUCUCCCGGGAAUUCUCGUAAACCAGGACUUGAUCUCCCAGGUAUUCAAUGGCGCGCACCUGGCCUUUAUCAACACCACUUUCUAUGGCAACGAAGUACAGAUAGGCGAGGCAAUUGCGGACACUGCCAAAAAGGCUCGGGUGCAGUACUUUAUCUACUCUUCGAUGCCUGAUCACGCGGCCUACAACCCCGACUGGCCCUCGCUACCGCUUUGGUCAGACAAGCACAAAGUAGAGAACUACAUACGACAGAUUGGGCUCCCAGCUACCUUUGUUUACACAGGCAUCUACAACAACAAUUUCACAUCGUUGCCUUACCCGCUGUUUUGCAUGGAGCUUCAGUCUGAUGGCUCCUUUGAAUGGCAAGCUCCAUUUCAUCCGGAUGUCAAACUGCCAUGGCUCGACGCUGAACACGAUGUUGGCCCCGCCAUCUUGCAACUGUUCAAAGACGGGCCCGCCAAGUGGAAUGGCAAACGUAUCGCUUUAGCUUACGAACGCCUAUCUCCCCUAGAGGCUUGCAAGGCUUUCGAGAAGGGACUUGGCAUGCCUGUACGAUACAAGAGGGGGCCUAUCCAAGUCAAGUGCAAGAUUCCUGAAGGCUACCGCGCCCAACUUGAGGCAUUGGAGAAGCUCUUCUCGCCAGACAUCGACGAUCCGAAGAAACAGCCACCUUACUUCGGGGACAAGGCUUUGGAGGACAGCUGCCCGGACAGCGCGCUAGCGCUUUGGGAGGGCCCGAGGGGCCUGGAGGAGUAUGCGGGAGAAAUCUUCCCCCUCGAGGAAGAAGCAAAUGGGAAAACCUGGAUGUUCGACGACGAGGAUGGUGAGGAAUCAGCAGCGCAAGAUGUGCCACCCUUGGAAGAGGACGAGCCUGAUAGCGAUGAGUCAUUUGACGAAGGCCUUGUCAUGAGAGGACUGAAAAGGGACGAAGAGCAAUGGCUGGCGUAA